AUGUGUGAUCAAAGGGCAAGUAUGUUGCAAGAUCAAUUUAGGGUUAGUGUAAAUCAUGUACAUGCUCUGGGUGUUCUGGUGUCGACUUUUCAUUAUUACACGAACCCAUCAGUAAUCGAUCAGCAAACAUUUGCAGAAUACACAGCAAGAACAGCAUUCGAGCGACCUUUGUUGAGUGGAGUUGCAUAUGCACGAAGGGUAAUGAAUUACGAGAGAGAAGACCUCCAGAGACAACAUGAUGGGACCAUAAGAACAAUGACGAAAGAGCCCUCGCCAUUUCGUGACGAAUAUGCCCCUGUAAUUUUCGCUCAAGAAACUGUUUCCUAUCUUAAAUUGGUAGAUAUGAUGUCUGGCGAGGUUGACUUGGACAACUUUUAUGAUGCGUUGAUCUCCAUUAAACAAGAAAUAGCAGAAAUCGAGAAAUGAAUAGUCGACAUCAACAACAAUGUCAUCAAGGGAGCUCCUCAUGCACCACAACUACUCAUGGCUGAUAAGUGAACAAAACCACACUCUUGAGAAUAUGCAGCUUACCCUGCUCCAUGGCUCUCUAUCUUUUAUGAAUAAUUUGUGAUGAGUCAUUGGUCUAUCUUUUUCUCGGUGGAGAAGAACACCAUGACACCUGCGAUGGAACCCUUAGCAGUUUCUUUGCAGUUGUUCAAAUAAUAUCAUUUUUAUUUUUGGAACCCUUAGCAGUUUGUUUACAGUUGUUCAAAUAUUAUCAUUUUUAUUUUUGGAACCCUUAGCAGUUUGUUUACAGUUGUUCAAAUAAUAUCAUUUUUACUAAAAUAGACUACUGGAUGAUUUAUUAAAAUUUGUUCCUUAUGAUGCAAAUUUUGUAAUGGUUAGUGGGGUUUAAUACUUUUGUGUUUACUAAAAUAGACAAGGGAAAACUAAUAUAGUUUAUGUUUAUUUCUGUCAAAUGUCC